CUGGAGGUUGGUGUGCCGCGCUGAGGUGAUCUGGCGCAGAGCGGAGGAGGCGCUUGCGGCUCGCUCCUGCUCCUCCCCUCUCCUCGCGGCCUCGCCGAGGUCGGCCCAGCUCCUGCGGCCCCUCGUAAAAUGUGGAUGACGCCCAAGAGGAGCAAAAUGGAAGUCGACGAGUCUCGAGGGUUCCGGUCCGAGUGGACCCAGCGAUACCUGGUGGUGGAGCCUCCGGAGGGCGAAGGCGCCCUGUGCCUGGUCUGUCGCCGCGUCGUCGUCGCUGCCAGCGAACCCGACGUCAGACAGCACUACGAGGCCGAGCACGGCUACUACGAGCGGUAUGUGUCGGAGGGCGAGCGCGAAGCCCUGGUGGAGCGUCUGCGUCGGGGCGACUUGCCCGAGGCCGCCCCGCUCACUCCCGAGGAGAGAGCUGCUCGUGCAGGCCUCGUGGUCGCCCGCCUCUUGGCCUUGAAGGGUCGCGGCUGGGGUGAGGGAGACUUUGUGUACCGGUGCAUGGAGGUGAUGCUGAGAGACGUACUGCCCGAUCACGUAAGCGUUCUGAAUGGCGUUGAUUUAUCCCCGGAGAUCACGCGGCAAAGGGUCCUGGACAUUCACGAGAAUCUACGCAGUCAGCUUUUUAACCGGGCUAAGGACUUUAAAGCCUUUUCCCUUGCCUUGGACGACCAGGCUUUUGUGGCCUAUGAGAACUACCUCCUGGUCUUUGUCCGCGGCGUGGGCCACGAUUUGGUGGUGCAGGAAGAGCUUCUGACCAUAAUCAACCUGACUCAUUAUUUCAGUGUUGGUGCCCUCAUGGCGGCAAUCCUUGAGGCCCUGCAGACGGCAGGGCUUAGCUUGCAGCGGAUGGUUGGACUGACCACGACUCACACUCUGAGGAUGAUUGGUGAGAACUCAGGACUGGUGUCAUACAUGAGAGAAAAGGCUGUGAGCCCCAACUGUUGGAAUGUUAUCCAUUAUUCAGGAUUUCUUCACUUGGAACUGUUGAGCUCCUACGAUUUGGAUGUUAAUCAGGUCAUAAAUGCCGUAUCUGAAUGGAUAGUUUUGAUUAAGACCAGAGGCGUUAGGCGACCGGAAUUUCAGGCUUUACUAACCGAGUCUGAAUCAGAGCACGGUGAAAGGGUUAAUGGACGCUGCCUGAACAAUUGGCUUAGAAGAGGGAAAACUUUAAAACUAAUAUUUUCCUUAAGAAAAAAGAUAAAAACAUUCUUGGUUUCAAUAGGGGCGACCACGAUCCACUUCACAGACAAGCAGUGGCUUUGUGAUUUUGGCUUCUUGGUGGAUAUUAUGGACCACCUUCGAGAACUCAGUGUACUGUUGAGAGUUAGUAAGGUCUUUGCUGCUGCUGCCUUUGACCAUAUUUGUACCUUUGAAGUUAAGCUGAAUUUACUUCAGAGACAUAUUGAGGAAAACAAUCUAACACACUUUGCCGCCUUGAGAGAAGUUACUGAUGAGCUUAAAGAGCAUCUUAAAGAAGAUGAAAAAAUAUUUGAACCUGGUAGGUAUCAGGUGGUGAUCUGUCGCCUCCAAAAAGAGUUUGAGAGACAUUUCAAAGACCUCAAGUUCAUUAAAAAGGACUUAGAGCUUUUUGCAAAUCCAUUUAGCUUUAAAACUGAGUAUGCACCUAUUUCAGUAAAGGUGGAGCUAACGAAACUUCAGGCGAAUACUAACCUUUGGAACGAAUACAGAACCAAAGACUUGGGGCAGUUCUAUGCUGGAUUGUCUGCUGAAUCUUACCCAAUUAUCAAAGGGGUUGCCUGUAAGGUGGCAUCCUUGUUUGAUAGUAGCGAAAUCUGUGAAAAGGCUUUUUCGUAUUUAACCCGAAACCAGCACACUUUGAGCCAGCCGUUGACAGACGAACAACUUCACGCCCUGUUUAGAAUUGCCACCACUGAAAUAGAACCGCGUUGGGAUGAUCUUGUGAGAGGAAGAAAUGAACCAAAUCCAUGAACUUUUGUAGUACAACAUUGAAACACUCAACAGAAAUCCAGUUCUAAAAGCAAGAGUUUGAUUUUCACGUUCAUUAAUUUGGAUUGUGAGAAAGCACCACAUUUAUUCAUCCAAAUUGAUCACAAGUCAAAUUCUUCAGACAAAUUUUUUUUCGUCUCAAGAGGCAGCAUGGGACUGAAACAUGCAGACACUUUUUAAAAAACUUAAUUCAGUGGCAAAGUCAUUAUCCUUUGCUUUUAUGAUAUAAUUGUUUUCAAAGAAGUGUACUACUAGUAAUGUGAAUUGAAUUAGAAGUCUGCUUUUAAGAUGUUCUGAAGAAAUUUUUGCUCUUGUUUUAACAGUGUUAAAAUUCUGAUGCAUAUAGUCUGAAAUGAUCCAGUCCUUAAAUGUAUGUUCAAGCCAGCCUACAGAAACUCAUUAGCAAGCGCAGAAGUUUCUGAAAAGGAAGACCUUUCAUACAGUGGAGGUACUUUGUCUAACUAUCAUAGUGUUUGAGACUAUUUUUUUAGACAUAUUUCUGAGUCUGAAGUAAAUAUUGACGUAUUCCCUCCCUCUCACUUCCCCCCUCACCUGCCCUAGCGAUAAUGACAUUACUAAUAGAGAAAAUAAUCAAAUAACAUUUUAGUCAGAGGAGCAAGAAUUAUUUUUAAAUUGCUGGUUAAGGAGGCUUCCUGCAGUUUGGAGAUCAGCCUAACCAAUUAUUGGAGGUUUCCCCUGAAUUUUUCACAGUUGGGUGCUGUUUUAUCAGCUUGCCUACCAAAGGACUACGGUAAGUAUAGACCCUUAGGGGUUGCCCCUUAGUAGUUCUUGUUUCUACUUUAGACAGAAGUUUGGUCCUGUCAGAAAGGAUGAGGAAAAAAGAUGUUUACCUCCCAGGAUCAGGAGGUGUGAGGUAUUUUAGCUUGUUUGUCCUAUCUGCAUGGGUGUUAGAGCUCUAUAAAGAAAUCCUGCUUAAAGGAAAGCCUUCAUUUUAAAGUCAUACGGUACCAAAUUUUGUUUGCCACUGAAAACAGAUUCAUUACAGAAUUUGAAACUCCCGCACAUUGUGUAUUUAAGACAGUGCGCACAUGGAAGUGUUUAACUCUUGAGAAGCUGCUUUAUUCACAGGUUGUAGCACUUCCAUAUUUCUAGUGAGACAUCUGCUUUGUGCUAAAGCAGUAAUUUUCAAGCUUAUGUUAACCAUGAAAAGGAAAUCUUACAGUCAAGACAAAUAUGUGAAAUGAUUUAAAAGCAGGACCCAGCUUAGAGAUCCUCUCAAGAACAGUUUGAAAACUAGCGCUCAAGUCCUGUCUUUGCUACUGUGACACGUUUCUUUGCUCACUAAUUCAGCAAAUUCAAGUAACCAGGAUACAAGCAAGAAUUUAGAAGGAACUAAAACCUGAGCAAUCAAAAUAGAGGCCAUAAGAGCCCAAGAAACAAAAUUGUGCCAGUGGUUCUCAGCCAGAGGCAGUAUCUCCUCCUUCCAGAGGACGUCAGGGAACAUAAAGGGGACUCUUUCGGUUGUCACAUUUAUUGGGGGGUUCUGUAAGUGUGAAGGACCUGCCCUCUCCCCAGCAGUGCAGAGGACAGCAUGGCACAGUGAAUUACCCCUCCCAAAGUGCCAGUAGAUCCCUAGUGUGGAUGAUCUUAUUUCAAGGGACAGGGCAAAUUACUGGUAGAAGCAAAACUGGAAGGGCAAGUUGGGCAAAACUGACGGUACUUGAUGGGGAGACUAAUUGUAGCAUUCCAAGUUUGGCUGGUAGGAUGCAGUAAAGGCCGUGAUAGGCUCUGGUAGCUCACAAUAGCAUGUGUAAGUCAGCAGUCGGUAUUGAAUCAGAUGAAAGGGCUCUGUUCUGUUUUGCAUAAUUAGUUUAAGGCAGAAAAGCAAGUAUUCUGUAUAAAUAAGAUCUUUAACAAGAAUGGUCAAGUUGAGAUUUUGGUUAAAGGGAGUAAGCUUAAAUAUCUGGAAAGACACCAUAGUGAAAAAACAGCCAAACAGCAACAGAAAAUCUACCAGUGAUUUCCCAAGAGUUUGGAGUAUUGUUUCGUGGCAAGUGCUUUAUUGAAAGAAUGACUGAAAGCUGUUUCUGCUUUCUGACCCCAGGUCCUCAAAUACUGAGGCCUUGUACAUUUUGUGAAGUUCUACUAUAUAUUUUGCUUAAGGUAGUAAUAAAAUUAGUUGGCACCAUAUAGACACUAGUCGCUGAAUGUGGGACAGAUGUAAGCCAAGGAUUUAAAAUUCAUCUUGGACAAUAGAGAAUUUGCUAUAAACUAGUCUUGUUGUUUUAAAAAAAAAAGGAGAAAAAAGUGUGUAUUUUACUGUUUUCUGUACUAAGUAAUUCUGUAACUGCAUGGCAGUCUUAAAAAACUUCUUUUUGUAAAGUAGUUGUUACUGGUCCUAUUGUAUCAGUGAAUACAUUUAAAAUAAGUACUAUUUUUUGAAAACUCGUAUGUCCCUAUAUCUCCCAUUCCUAGUAGUUUUCUUAAAAGAUUUGUCUGUAUCCCCACUCUCCUGUAUUGCCAGACUGCUCUACCAAGCUCACUAAGUCCUUGUCAAUAUUCCUACCCUCUCUGACACCACUGGCCACCCUCCUUGAAGUACUUGUUUAGUUUGGCUUCAGGGAGAUCCCAUCUCCAAGUAUGUUUUCUUGGUCUUCUUUGCGGGCAUCUGUUUCUCUUAAAUAUCUGUAUCCUUGGAAUUUUUAUGUUUUGUUUUAAGCUCUUAUUCUAUGUCAUCUCCUUAGCCAAUCUCAUUUCCUUUCACGGCUUCAGUUGCCAGCUCUAUGAAAAUGACUCCCAAAUUCAUAUCUCCUUUCUAGACCUUUCCUAAUUUGUAUAUCUCACUGCUAACUUAAGUCCGCUUUGCUGUCUCAUAGGCACCGCUAUAUGGCAUUGAUCUUGUCCCCAAACCUGCUCCUGGUUUCAUGAUCCCUCUUUCAGUAAAUGGCACCACCACUACCAGCCGUUCAGUGGCCCUGGCCCAAGCCCCAAACCGAGUUAUCCAUAGCUUUUCCCUCUUCAUCCAUGACAUCCACUCACAAAAACCUUUCUGUUAAGUCUACUGCCUAAAUUUUUCUCAAUUCUCCAGUACUUCUAUCCUAAUUCAGGCUGUCAGCCUACCUCAAGCCUCCUCGUUAGUCUCCCUUUCUCUGGUUUUGAUCCCUUUCCACACUGCAGCCAGGUUGUUGCAAAAGAUGUAUCUGAUCGUAUCACUCCCCUGCUUUCACCAUUGCUCUUAGAUUAACGUACAAUUUCUGUUCAUCUUUCAGGUUUCAGUUUAUAUGCCUUGAUGCAUACCCUCUAACUAGGUGCCCCUACUGUGCACUCCCUAAAUAGCCUCUUCUUCCUCAGCUAUAGACUGGGCGCACUUUAUUGUUCUUUCUUACUGAUCACUGCUAGGCUGUAAGGUUUAUAAGGGCAGGGACCGUAUGCCUUGCUCACUGCUCUAUCUAGUGCUUAGCACAAUGCCUGACAUUUCAGUAAAUGUUUGGAUAAAUAAAUACUAGUGUAGUGUUUUACGAUCUUUGAAGCCCUCUCAUAGUCUCAUUUGACCUUCACAGUGGUCCUGCUGUAAACUGCUUGCCGGGUAAUUGUUACCCACACAUUACAAAUUAAGAAAUGAAACUAAGUUCUUUGUGGCUGGGGAAUUGUAUUCGUAGAAUUUAGCUCAGUGCUUGGCAUGUGGCUAGCUUGCAAUUUGCCCUAAUAAACAUAAGUCGUAAAGUCGGGUAUACUCAACAUAAAUCCGUGAUGUUAUAUUGUCUUUAGUUACUUGAUGUAGAAGUCUUAAUUAAAAAAAAAAUCUGGCAAAGGAACCUGGAUGAGAAAGAUUGGACAGCUAGCUAUUUAGUUGACUAAAACAGUACUUCAGUAAUUGAAAAACUUGGCAUUCAGGUUCAGAAAAAGAUAAUGCUACGUAAGAGUUAAUUUCUAUUUGGCUUUAGUAAGCAUCAACCCUAGGAGAAAAUGGCGUACUAUUUACUUGCUAUUUUCCUUUACAGAUGAUUUCUGGCUCUUCUGGGAUUUUAAAGGGCAGAGUUGUGAAGAGAGUCUCUGGCCUACAAAGUCUAAAAUAUUUGAUGUGUGACCCUUUAUGGAAGAUGCUCUCUGCUCUGAGUUGUCCUGAUUCUGAGAUGUAGGCUGACCAAGAGGUAUCAUCCAAGAUAUGGUUGCUUAUUUUGGUAAAUGAAAAAAGUAUGACAAAUCACUUACAGGUCCUUAAAGCACUUUUAAUUGGCCAAAGCAAAUCACACGUCCACACCAAAGUUCACAGAGGAACAAGUAAUCCUUCCUUGGAUUGGAGGAGACCCAGAAAUACUUUGAAGACAAUUACAACCAAUUAAAACACAGCUAUAUGUCUCUAUAGAAUUUCUCUCAAAAUAUUUUUUCUUUUUUAUUGAGGUGAAACUUACAUUCAGUAAAAUGCAGAUAUUAAGUGUACAUCUCAGUGGAUUUUUAUAUACACCCUUGAACCUAUCACCCAGGUCAAGACUGAACAUUUCUAACCCCUAGUAGGUGCCCUGUGCCCCCCUCCCACACACAGAUAACCACUAUUCUGACCUUUAUCACCAUGGAUUACUUCUGUCUGUUCUAAAGAUUCGUGUAAAUGUAGUAAUUAUAUGUACUCUUUUGUUCACUUUGUGUCUGUAGGUUAUCCGUGUUGUUGCCUGUAGCAGCAGUUCAUUUUUUACUGUGUAGUAUUCUGUUGUAUGAUUUAUACCACAACUUAAUAAUCCAUUUUCUUGUUGAUGGACAUUUUGGUUGUUUCCAAUUUGUGGUUAUUACAAAUAAAGUGACAGUAAACAUUUCA